AUGAUGGCCGAGGAGGGGCGGCAGGCAGCGUGGCUGCCAGGUGGAGUGUCCAAUUUUCCGACGCGUGAACGCAUCAGUGAGCAUGCCGCCGAACCGGGUGCGACUGCGGAACGGCCCAGUUCGGCGCACUCGGUCCGGAGUCAUCGCAGCAACGACAGCAAUCAACCGGACGAAAUCCACUACGUCAACCCGUUCGUGCACAAGCUCGUCUGGGACGAUCCAAUCGACAAGGCCAAGACGGCCUUGUUGACGCUAAUUCUGCUUCCAUUCCGAGUCGCGUUGAUUUUAAUCUGCCUCGUCGUGGCGUGGGCGCUCGCUAAUAUAGGCCUGUAUGGUUUAUCAAAAGAGGAUCUACGCACAAAACCUCUAGCUGGUUGGCGGCGCCAGCUGCGCCAACUCACGGCCCUUGUAAUGCGCACGCUGUUCCUGUUCGGCUCGUUCAACUACAUCCGGUAUAAGGGCGUGCGAGCCUCGCCAAAGGAGGCGCCAGUGAUCUGCGUGGCACCUCAUACUGCCUUCUACGAUUCGGUCUGCGUCGUGUUGUUCGGACCAUCGGCCGUCGUCGCCAAGUACGAGACGGCCUCGCUGCCGUUCUUCGGAAAACUCAUCGACUACGCCCAGCCUAUCUACGUGUGUCGGGAGGAUCCGCAUUCAAGACAAACCACCAUACGGGAGAUUAUUCAGCGUGCCAAUUCGAAGGAGGACUGGCCCCAGAUCCUCAUUUUCCCCGAAGGCACAUGCACCAAUCGCACUUCGCUGAUAAAGUUCAAGCCCGGAGCAUUUUACCCCGGUGUUCCCAUCCAGCCGGUUUUGAUGAGGUAUCCGAACAAAGUUGACACCGUCACAUGGACAUGGGAAGGACCAAACGCCGUUCAACUGCUCUGGCGUACGCUUACGCAGUUUCACACGUUUUGCGAGAUUGAGUUCCUGCCUGUGUAUUAUCCCAGCGAAGCAGAAAAAACAAAUCCAAAGCUGUAUGCUGAUAAUGUACGCUUACUAAUGGCCAAAGCGCUAGAAAUUCCAAUUUCUGAUUACACUUUCGACGACUGUAAGCUCAUGACGUUUGUCAAGAAUAUUGGCAUACCACACGCUGCUGCCAUAGCUGAUGUUGAAAAACUGCGCGAGACACUCAAAAUGGAUCUCUCCAAUGUGGAGUCUGAUAUAGUAACACUUCAGCACGAGUUCACAGACACCAACAGUUAUCUCACGUUUGCUCAGUUCGUCGAAAAAAUGCAAAUUGACCCCAACGACGAAGCGGCGAGCAACCUGUUUCAAAAAUUCGUUAAGCCUCAAACUCCCAACAUUAUUGACUUCAGAGAGUAUCUUUUGCAGUCCUUAUUUUUAAUUACGCUGUAUAAACCUAAACUAAAAUUUGCUGAAGCUUUGUUUUAUUUGAAUGGCGUCGAUGGACGUGUUAAUCGUAGCCAACUGUACGAUGCUCUCAAACAUCUGGUCCGAAUCUCACGCAAGGAAAUAAACAGUAUUUUCCUUCUAGCGGAUUCUGACAAUCUCGGAACUAUCAAAUUCAGUAAUUUCCUCAAGGCAAUCGAGCAUAAUCCACUUCUUACAAAACUCGAGAAGAAUAAUGAUCCCAACAACUUAAGACUGGGUUGA